AUGAUUCCCAGCACUUACAUUCAGAUCGACCAAAUACCACUUGGAUUGACUGGCAAGACAAACCAUCGUGAAUUACAGCAGAUAGUGCAUUCCUUAUCGUCGAGCUCAUUCACGUAUCCACAAUCUGGGGCUUCCAUUCAGCCUCAGGAAAAAACUAUCGGAUAUAAAAUUACAGACGGUUCUAUUGAUGCAGUCAGACAUGUCACUGGGGAGGAAGAUGUCAACGAGGAAUCUGACCAUAGUGUCAGCAAAAGUGACUGUACCAGGACUACCGAAGAGAACAACCGUUUAGAAAUAUUGAAACAUGUUUGGGCCGAGCUAUUUGACACAGACUUGACUUCCAUAAAUCCGAAUUCUUCAUUUUUUGAAUAUGGCGGAGAUUCUCUAGCAGCAAUAGAGCUUGUCGGAUUGGCGUCACAAAAAGGCGUUCAGCUUGAUGUAGCUACAAUCUUCCGACAUCCACAGCUCUCAAACUUGGCAUCAUGGAGCAAAUUUAGUGCCAACUUCCUUCCUCAGGUACCAGAACAAUUUUCUCUACUGUCAAGUGAAAUCAAUCUAGAUGAGGUUGCUUCGGCUUGCAAUACCCACCGGGAGAACAUCGAAGAUGUAUAUCCUUGUACGCCGUUACAAGAGGGCCUAAUCACGUCUAGCGACUCGAAAGCAGCAAGCUACGUCGGAAGGGCCACAUUGCAGCUACCGCAUAAUAUCAGUCUCUCAAGGUUGAAGAGAGCCUGGGAAAGAGUAGUACAAGUCCAUCGGAUUCUACGUACACGCAUCAUUGAUCUGCCAACCGAGGGCCUUGUCCAGGUAAUCUUGAAAGACAACGGAGCCUCGUGGGGAAUCAAGAUCAGCAACUCAAACAGUUACAGUUCAAAAAAUGAUAAUCUGUCAAUGGGACUCGGUACAAGUUUGUUGCACUAUAGCUUCCUACGUGACAAGAACACACGAUCGACAUAUCUCACUGUGGAAAUGCACCAUGCAAUUCAUGAUGGUUGGACCCUUCCCCGACUGGGUGAGGUGUUAUUCAAGGCAUAUCAGGGCGUUCGGCUUGAAGAAGGCCUGAGUUUCAAUGUAUUCAUCAAAUAUAUCCGAAGCCUUCCCGAACAACUCGCGAAGAACUUCUGGGCCGAGCAGUUCGUGGGAGGUAAGGAAACCACGAUCUUUCCUGCCGUGUCUCAGAACAUCGCGGAUCCAUCUGCGAAAAGAUCAACAAAGAUCACGAUGCCACUUCUGCGAAGUUCCAUCCGGACAGUAUCCACACCAUCCUUGCUGAGAGCAGCUUUGGCAUUAGCCAUUUCUAAGACUGUGGGCAGCGAGGAUAUUACCUUUGGUGCUACUGUAUCAGGUCGCAACGUUCCGAUAAAUAAUAUUCAAGAUCUGCUCAGCCCUACCAUAUGCACGGUUCCUGUUCGCGUGAAAUUUCAUGGACACAUGAGCGUUGAGGAUUUUCUCCUUGCCAUUCAGAACCAAAGCAUAGACUCCAUGCCUUUUGAGAAUUAUGGUCUCCAAAAUAUCCGAAAGAUUAAUCUGGAGACGCAGCAUGGAACCAGAUUUGAGACACUUUUCAUCGUUCACCCGCCAAAUAAUCGAAAGCUUAUUGACAAGCAGUCGCAUUCUACGCUUAGUAUUGCUGAGCAGGAGCUCAGGAAUCAGUUGGAAAAUAUUAAUUUAAGUUCUUCACUAUCCAGCUUCAACGAAUAUGCUUUGAUGAUCACUGUUCGUCAAGAAAGCUCCUGCCUUGAAGUAGAGGCCAAUUAUGACUCAAAUGUGAUCCAGACAUCUCAAAUCAAAUUACUUUUAGAUCAGCUUGCACAUUUGGCCCAGGAGAUUUCUCGCUCAGAAAACACGGCAAAAAAUUUAAAAGAAAUACAGUACGCCAGCAGUAAAGAUCUGGACACGAUCUGGAAGUGGAAUGCUGUUAAGCAUGUGCCAAAGCAGAAACUUGUUCACGAACUAAUCAACCAACACAUGGGCACAUCUCCUCAAGCAAUGGCUAUUAGAGCUUGGGAUGGCAGUUUGACUUAUAAAGAGCUUGACAGGUUAGCAGCACAGAUUGAGAGAAAGCUUCGACAACAAGGAGUUGGCAGGGAUGAUAUUGUCCCCAUAUGCAUGGAGAAAUCCAUGUGGGCAACCGUUGCUAUGCUUAGCAUCUUGAGAGUUGGGGCAGCCUUCGUAGCGAUGGAUGUUCGACAUCAACCGAGGAAGCGUCUACAGAUUAUUGCCCAGGAAGUCAAGGCAAAAUGCAUCGUCACAGCUGGUCCUGCGACGGCCCUUGCAGGAGAGCUCACAAGAGAGAUUAUAAAUUGUGACAACCUGUCGGGUGAUGAUGAUAAUGACGGGACCGAUUACUCCAUAUCUGCGGGACGCCACAAUUCUUAUUCAGACACAGCUUUUAUAGUUUUCACAUCCGGCAGCACUGGAGUGCCCAAAGGUAUCAAAAUUACUCAUGAAAACUUUUCUUCGACCAUUGAGAUCCAUGCGCAGCAGUUAAAGUUAUCAAGCGACUCAAGUAUUUAUGACUAUGCCUCUUAUAGUUUUGAUAUUGCAGUGCAUAACUCGCUGAUGGCUCUGACUUUGGGCGGCUGUCUCUGUAUACCGAGCGAGGAUGACCGAGAAAACGACAUCGAGGGCUCUUUUGAGCGACUAGGAGCAAACUGGACCGACAUUACACCAUCAGUCGCAAAAUUGAUCGAGCCAUCUGCAGUUCCAAGUCUUAAGACUCUCGUGCUCAGUGGUGAAGCAAUGACCAGAGAGAUAGUGGAGAAAUGGAGCACAAAAGUGGCCCUGAUAAACGCCUACGGCCCUGCAGAAUGCCAGAUCUGUACAAUUCAAGAAGAUGUUAAUGACCCUAGUCGUGCCUCAGAUAUUGGACGCGGUGUUGCUUGCUCGACUUGGGUGGUCGAUUUCGAUACCGAGGAGCCUUCCCCAAUUGGAGCUAUUGGCGAGCUUGUCAUUGAAGGGCCCAUCGUAAGUCCUGGGUAUCUCAAUACAAGAAGUGACGCUUUUAUAAAAGACCCUCAGUGGUUGCUUCGAGGCUCAUCGAUGUUUUCUGGAAGGCAUGGAACGGUUUACAGGACAGGAGAUCUCGUUCGGUAUCGACCUGAUGGUACACUUAUCUAUAUUGGAAGGGCGACAGAUCAGAUAAAGUUGCACGGCCAACGCAUAGAACUUGAAGAGGUUGAGUUUCGGAUUCGACAACUGAUAAAUAUUUCGGACGAUGUUAUUGUUGAUUUGAUUGAAUAUGAAGGGACGGACUCGCUUACUGCUUUCUUCUUUCCCCAUAACUUCAAGGAUGCCGCCACAGAUACAAACCUGCAACCUCAGGUUGUACCUUCGGAAUUAUUGAUCAAAUUGAGAGAUGUUCUUCCAGGAUAUAUGGUUCCGACAGUAUUCUUAAGGGCAUCUCAUCUUCCUCUGACGCCCUCGCGGAAGAUAGAUCGACGGAAGCUGAAGAGACUUGCUUCUCUACUACCUAGAGACCUUAUCAUAGCCUUCGAGCAUGGAAACCAUCAUGAUGAUGCAACGGAUUUGACUGAAAUGGAGUUGAUGAUCCUUGACAUAUGGUCUCGGGUUCUGAAGCUUGAGAAGUCCAGAAUCAAGCGGCAGAGCGACUUUUUUCAACUGGGAGGCGAUUCUAUCUCAGCAAUGCGACUGGUGAAGUAUUGUCGCCUGAAAAACCUGCUCGUCACUGUCUCGGAUGUCUUUCGACACUCUCAAUUCCAAGAACUAUGCAAGCUUGCCAGUGAUGCGGUGCAUGACGAAAGUAGGCCCGAGGCGACCUCCAAAAAUAUUCCCCAAUUUUCACUUUUGUCUAUCCACGAUAGAAAGUCGCUUAUUUCAACGGCAGCAAACGCCUGCAGAGUUUCUGAAGAAGCAAUUGAUGAUAUGUACCCCUGCACACCGUUUCAGGAGGGUGUCUUUGCAAUGACCGCUGGAGACUCUUCAGCUUACGUGCAACACACGGGGUUAAGAUUUAGUGAUCAGCUCAAUUUAGACAGAGUUCUCAUAUCAUGGGCUACUGUCAUUGAUAGAAACCCCAUACUGCGAACACGUCUCAUACACGAGGAGGAGACCGCCGCCCUAUUCCAGGUUGUUAUCAAACCACAGCCUCAGGAAUGGAAGCGGUAUGAUACAGUGGCGGAUUACUUAUCAGAGUCAGUGAAACUUCCAAUGGGACCCGGUGACCCUCUUUUCCGUCUCAGUUUGAUUCAUGGAGUUUCAAACUCGUCGUCGAAUGAUUCUGCACCUAGUCUAAUAUGGACAAUGCAUCACGCAGUGUAUGACUCAUGGAGUAUGGAUCUGAUCCUUCGACAAGUUUCGGCAUACUACCGUGCUGAGGAUCGUAUCUAUGUCAACCCAAAGUACAGUUCUUUUGUAGGAUUCAUCGUUGAACAAGAACAGAAAAGUACCCAAUGGUGGGAUUUAUAUCUCAAGGGAGCUUCAAAUGCUUCAAUAUUUCCCAAAGCCCCCAUGGCCGAGAAUCUACAAUUGACUGUUACUGCGGAUAAAGUAAUCCGCAAAGAGUUUCUAUUUCCUGACGUCCUUCCGCCAGGGUACUCUCCAGCUGUACUCCUACGUGCUGCUUGGGCAAUAGUAAUGGCUCGACACACCGGAGGAGAGAGUGUUUUGUUCGGUGAGACGCGAUUAGGUAGAAAUGUCAGCCUGGAAGGUAUUGAUGCAUUGGUCGGACCAACGAUUGCGUCAGUUCCUAUAUUUACGAGUGUGGAUCGAGACCAGACAAUUUGUUCUUUCUUGACACAAAUUCGUGAUAUUGGCCUUGAGAUACAGAAUUAUGAGCACCUUGGUAUACAGAACAUUCGACGAAUCAGCGAAGACGCGAAAGCCGCCUGCAGCUUUCAGACACUUCUUGUGUUCUUAGAAAACGAGGACAGGGUGGAUGGUGAUUCCUUAUUUCAUGUCGAUGAGACAAUGGAUGACAUUCGAAAUUUCAAUAGCUACUAUUUAUUACUCUACCUCAGCUUGAGCAAGAAGAACUUUGUCAUUCAAGCGGUUUUCAAAGACUUCGCUAUCGACCAGGGUAUGGUCGAACUUCUUCUUGAUCAAAUAAACGUGGUACUGUCGAGCUUCAGUACAUUGCCUCCACAGACUGUUUUGCAUGAGCUUGAUAAGGCAACCGAAUAUGACUUGGCUAAGAUCUGGAAUUGGAACGCAAGGCCGUCAGAUACCGUCAAUGAAUUCGUCCAUGAUCUUAUUUCUCGCAAAGCAGAGGAAAAUCCAGACAAGCUCGCUGUAAUUGGUCACGAUGGACAAUUUACCUAUCAACAACUCGAUGAUUACUCGACGCAUCUUGCCACCAGGCUUAGAUCAAGAGGGGUUGGCUUGGGCUCAAUUGUGCCACUAUGCUUCGAGAAAUCCGCCAUCGUCCCGAUUGCCAUGUUAGCUGUCAUGAAAAGUGGCGCUGCAUUCAGUGUGAUGGAUGUAACCUAUCCGGAAAACAGACUUAAAAGCAUCACAUCGGCCGUCAAAGCUAAAAUUAUUCUCUCAAGUCCAUCGCAAUCGCCGCUAGCAGCACGGUUGGCUGAUAAUGUUUUUUUGGUAGAUGACACGAACUUUACAACAAAUGUGUCUAAAGCCCCUCAAAAGAUCUCACAUGACACAGACAGACUUAUGUAUGUUUGUUUCACCUCGGGAAGCACUGGAGAACCGAAGGGCGUCAUGGUCACUCAUCGAAAUCUUGCAUCUGCAGCUGUCGCCCAGACCCAGGCUCUCGAUUUUGUCCCACAAGAUCGAAUAUAUGAUUUCUCUUCCCAUGCGUUUGAUGCUAACAUCUGGCAUUUCUAUCUGGGAUGGGUAUGCGGUGCGUGUGUUUGUAUACCGUCCAAUGAAGAGCGGAAAGAGAAUCUAGCAGGAAGUAUCACGUCAUUUCGGAGCACAGCGUUAUUUUUGACACCGUCUGUGGCUCGCUCUCUUGAUCCUCGAGAGAUCCCCACUGUCAAAAGGCUGUAUCUUGGUGGGGAGGCUGUAACACCUUUGGACGUAUCUAUGUGGAAGGAUCACCUUGACUUAUGGGGUGCCUACGGACCAACGGAGACAACGCCCCUAUGCAUAUUCACACGCCUUCGAUCUCCGGAUAAUGCAUCCAAUAUUGGGCGUGGAAUAGGGGUAAGGUCAUGGAUAUGCAAUCCCAAUAGUGAUGAGCUUGUUGGAAUUGGUGCCGUUGGUGAAAUGGUCAACGAGGGGCCUCUCGUUACUAAGGGUUAUUAUAACCAACCUGAAAAGACCGCUUCAGUGUUUAUUGAAAAUCCGAAGUUUUUGCAACGUGGACAUGGUAAUAUACCGGGGCGCCCCGGGAGGCUUUACAGGACUGGUGAUCUAGUAAGAUACUGUUAUGAUGGCACAAUACAGUACCUUGGGCGUGCAGACACCCAGGUCAAGCUGCGUGGGCAGAGAAUUGAGUUUGGUGAAAUCGAGUACCAAAUGAAACGCGCACUUUCCGAAGUAACAUCUGUAUGUGAUGUUGUGCUACACCCUAGUUCGAAAAGACCUAUGCUUGUUGCAUUUUGCGCAAAUACCUCUUUGAGGAACUCUUUGGACAAGAAGAAUUUGCAAAUGCAGCUUGGGAAGAGUCUUCCGUCUUAUAUGGUACCCGAAUUCUUUUUUAUCCUCCCUGAUAUUCCAAAGAACCCUUCCGGCAAAGUCGAUCGCCUUAGACUAAGAGAUAUAGGAGCUUCAAUGAUGCAGGAAAUGAGCUCUAAUCAAGAAAAAAUCAACGUUGACCAUGUUCAUAAUCCUUUGACAGAGAUGGAAAGUCGGUUGGCUGGGCUGUGGAUCACAGCCCUAGGAGAUCCUCCAACGAUGAUCAGCCCGGAGAGUGAGUUCGCCGACAUCGGUGGUGACUCUAUCGCUGCCAUGAAGUUGUCCAAUAUUGCUCGUAAGCAUGACCUUAGCUUGACAGUUAGAGAUAUCUUGGAAAACUCGAAACUGUCAGCAAUGGCGCUUGCCAUGACCGCGAUUGAUGACAGCGGCGCCUCAUACCAAGCCUUUUCUCUAUUGGAUUCAUCACAGGAAUCCGAGCUUAAGUCUCGUGCAGCCAUGAUUUGUAAUGUUCCUGUCGACUCUAUUAUGGACAUGUAUCCUGCGACGCCGCUCCAGACCGAAGUAUUCGCCCUGACAAUGAAGCAGCCGCAAGCAUAUAUGAAAACAUCGGUUUUCGAGGUACCCUACAAUCUCGAAAUUGAUAGGGUUAUAAAGGCUUGGGAUGCUGUUGUAGAAACAGUUCCGAUCCUGCGAACUCGAUUUGUGCAGAUACAGUCCGGUGACUUACUCCAGGUUGUUGUGAAAGGGCAUGAAUGGAAAGAAUAUGAUAGUGUUGAAUCUUAUGACGCGGCAUCCGUUCUUGACAGCCCAGACUUAGGAAGGCGAUUGUCACAUUUAGCCAUAAUUCGUCAACCCACAACCACGAAAAUUAUUUGGAAAGUACAUCACGCUCUAUACGAUGAAUGGUCGAUUCUGGUCAUCGAAGAUCAACUCAGACGAGCAUACAGAGGUCACAGCAUAAUAGAGCCACCAGCCUAUGCCAAUUUUGUUGCAUACUUGUCCUCCCAAAAUCAACAAGAUGCCUUGAAAUACUGGAAGAACCGUCUUGUUGGCAUUACACCGGCAUCAAUAUAUCCGAAAUUGCCGUCACGAAAACAUCUGGUGCGGCCUUCGGCUAUACAUAGCCGUACUUUGCGAUAUGAUAGUCUACAGCAUCGCGGCAACCUGCAAGCUAAGGUGUAUGCUUCUUGGGCCCUAAUCGUCUCCAAAUUGAUUGGGACAGGCGAUGUACUAUUUGCUUCCACAUUAACUGGGCGAAAUAUUCCACUAAAAGGCGUCGAGCAGAUAGUGGGCCCUAUGAUCACGCCAGUCCCCAUCCGAGUUCGCCUGGAUAUUACCAAGACAAAUCAGCGAGUAGAUGAUUUUGUGACGACCAUUCAGAAUGAAAUAGCAGAUAUGGCCCCAUUCCAGCACAUUGGAACCCAUAAUAUUCAAAGCAUCAACCAGGAUACGCAGGCUGCCGCAAAAUUUCAAACUCUUAUUGUCUUGACACCAGCGAAUGAAAAUGACGAUCAGAGUUCGGAGCACCUUACAACAUCCAACUGUGAGUUAGAUAACUUUAAGGGGGACAAUUUUCAUACCUUUGCGCUGGUCCUGUUUUUGUUUCCAAGAAAGUCGUCUAUUGAUCUCCAGGUUGUGUUUGACCCUGAAGUGCUCCACAGACGUGAUGUCGAGCGUCUCAGUGGUAGAUUGGAGAAAGUUUUGAACGAGAUCGAUGAAAAGAAUUUUUUCUCAGACAUUGAUUGUGUUGCUCAGGAGGACCUAGAUGAUAUAUGGAAAUGGAAUUCCUCCAUACCAAUCGCCUCGUCCCAGUCUCUCCAUGAGGCCAUCAAUAUAGGAGCAAUGGGUCGUUCAGAUAAGAUUGCCAUUGACGCUUGGAACAUUAAAAUAACCUAUGCACAGCUUAACGAGCUAUCAGAUCGUCUUUCUGGGGUAUUGCUCGGUCAAGGUGUUAAACAAGGGUCCGUUGUUCCAAUAAUUUCAGAAAAAUCAGGUUAUGUGCCCGUUGCCGCAUUGGCCGUCCUCAAAUCUGGAGCCGCUUUCAUGCCCCUGGACGCCAGUCUGCCGCUCAAUCGAAUGAAGGAGAUUGUCGGUCAGGUAAACCCGGAUUUCAUCUUGUCUGCCGACUCUACCUAUAGUAUUGCUACCAAGCUGCAGCUGCGUGUCAUAUGCAUUGAAGAAUCUCUUCGAAACACAACGAAGCCCAUUGAUCCUCUGCAACACCGCAUUAAAAUUGAGUCGGACGAUAUUGCAUGCAUUCUUUUUACAUCUGGAAGCACCGGAAAGCCCAAAGGCGUGAUGCAAACUCAUCAAUCUUUAUGCUCUGCUAUCAUGCAUCAAUCGGCGGAUACUGGCUUUGAUGAGAAUACCAGGGCGUUUGAAUUUGCGUCUUACGGUUUCGACGUCAGCUGGAAUAUGAUUUUCAAAGUUUUAGCAACUGGAGGUACCCUCUGUGUUCCAAGUGAUGAUGAGAGAAACAAUGAUUUGAUCGGAGCUCUCAACCGCUUUCAAACCACACUAACAGAGUUGACAGCCUCUGUUGCUCGUCUUAUCAACCCGGCGAAUCUUACCACACUUGAGACUAUCAUACUUUCUGGUGAAUCCGUCGACCAACGUGAAUUUGAUGGCUGGAAACCGAAGAUUCGUUUGAUUAUUUGCUAUGGACCUUCUGAGUGCACUUCGGUUUCUACUAUAAAUCGAGGAGACAGCAUCCAAUCAAUUAAUAGCGGGAUCGGCAAAGGAUCCGCCUGCAUUACGUGGUUGGUCAAUCCGAAUAACCACCGUCAAUUGAUGCCAGUGGGGGCUGUUGGGGAGAUUCUUAUACAAGGCCCCAUUGUUGGCAAAGGAUACUACAAUAAUGAGACACUGACGAGGGCUUCAUACACCGAUGAUUUACCUUGGCUACAAGCCGGACAUAGCAUUGUGUCUAGUCGCUCAUUCAUAUCUGGGGAUCUUGCGACCUAUGAUGCUGAUGGGAACCUUCAUUUCGUGUCUCGAAAAGAUCUUCAAGUAAAAAUACACGGACAAAGGAUAGAGCUUGAAGAAGUCCAGUAUCAUGUUCGUUCGAUAUUGAAAGACCGCCCCGUUGUGGCAUGUGUUGUGAAUGACAUCGCGGGAGAUAAUACGCAAAGACUCGUCGUAUUCAUAGGUGGGAGAAAUGCAGUCAAAGAUCAGCGUCAAUGCGAGUUCACGUUACCCGAUACCGCUACAGUUGGGCUUGUUGCAACUCUCGACGAGAAGCUUGCAUUGGUCGUUCCUAAGUAUAUGAUUCCGUCCGUCUAUUACUUCAUUACAUCCAUUCCUUGCACAACGAACGGCAAAAUAAACCGUCAGAAGCUCGCUGAAAUGGCUCUUGUAGCUCAGCCAGACCAGAAAUUCCGCGGAAGAGCACCUCGAGCAACAACCAAUAGGGCGCCAAAUUCCGAAAAUGAACACACUCUGCAGGAACUGUGGGCAAUUGCGCUACGAAUACCAAUUGAAACUAUUUCCGCCGACGAUAAUUUCUUUCAUCUCAAUGGGGACUCAAUCAGUGCCAUGAGACUUGUUGCGGCGGCGCGGGAUCGAGGCGCCGUCUUCAAUGUUGCUACUAUUUUUGAGAAUCCUAAGCUUUCCGACCUUGCCCUCAAAAUGACAAGAAAACAACGCAUACCAACGACGAUGAGACCAUUUGAAUUACUUCAUGAUGGUGUGGAUAAGAAGAACGUGCGUGAAGAAAUUGCAGUCAAAUGCGGAGUGAGAGACCCAAACGAAGUCGAAGACGUUUACCCUUGUACGCCUUUACAGGAGAAUAUGCUAGCUGGCACGAUAAGAGACCCGAGUGCUUUCAUCAGCUUGAAACUAUAUCGAAUUCCCAACAACGUGGACCUCGACAGACUACGUGAUGCUUGGAUGAUGGUUGUAAGAAAGCAUCCAAUUCUUCGGACUCGGUUGGUAGACCUUGAGAAACAUGGUCUAAAUCAGACCGUAAUACGAGGGUCUGACAAUCUUUGGGUGCCAUACCCUGACAUGAAAACGUUUCUUAAGAAGAAUUCUGAGCAGGUCAUGGGUCCAACAACGCCGUUAGCACGCUGGGCUCUGAUUAGAGAGCAGGACCAGCGUAUACUAGUGUGGGCAAUUCAUCAUGCUAUAUAUGACGGUUGGAUGCUGCCACUAAUUGAAAACGAAGUCAAGAAAAUCUAUUACAGCAUCGAUUCCGACACCUACCUUGAUAUACGACCAGUCGUGAAAUAUAUUCUCAAUGAGCCAAAAGAGGCAUCUGUCUCAUUCUGGAGUCGGGAACUAGCAAGUGCCGAACAAAGCACGGUGUACCCGUCUCUACCACACUACAAAAAGAACGCACAGCCCUCUGCUUACCUAGAAAAAGACAUGGUUAUGCAUUCUUCUUCCCAAAACCCUCAGGUUAACAUAUCCGCCUUAUUGUAUGGAAGCUGGUCUAUUGUGGUCUCUCGUCUCACAGGUACUACUAAAAUCAGGUUCGGUUCGAUUCUGACUGGACGUAAUGCACCAAUUGAUGGCAUAGAACGCGUUAUGGGGCCAACUAUCACAACUGUUCCGAUUGUGAUUGAUGUGGUUGACAGUUAUAUGAUACAAGACUACUUGCGACAGAUACAAGACCUGAAUGUUCGAAGAAUGCCUUAUGAGCAUUUUGGGAUCAACGAAAUCCGGCGUAUCAACAGUUCGUGCAAGAUUGCCUGUGAUUUCCAGACUGUCUUGGUCAUUCAACCUAUCAAUGACACCGCCCAGUUCUCAGGCUCCGCAAAUGAGCAUGAUAUUCUUGAAGAAAUCGACGAGACAAAGGUAGAAGGCUUUCCAAAUCAAUAUUCUGUUCUAAAUCAAUACAGCUUGAUGCUCGAACUUUUGCCCAGUGGCAAUAAGAUGAAAGUUCGAGCUAGCUUUGAUUCUAGUGUCAUCUCCCAGUCCGACCUAGAAAGGGUCCUCGUAAUGUGGGAAGCCACAAUUCAGGAUAUGAUGAAAGCGGUUACUCGUCAGUCCACCAUGGUGGGAUCUUUGAAUUCAAUUUGUGAUCAAGAUCUUCAAGAUAUCUGGGCGCAGAACCUCAAAUCGGUUAACCCAGCCAGUGCGCAAUCUGUCCUUGAGACGAUCUCUGAGAUUGCGAAAAUGCAACCCAACGCUCUUGCUAUUGACUCAUGGGACGGUCAAAUCACCUACCAAAAGUUGGAAGUAACUUCAUCAUUGUUGUCUGAUCAGCUUUUGUCCAUGGGCAUUGGUCCUGGCUCCUUCGUUCCCCUCGUCUUCCGCAAGUCACUGUGGACAAAUGUUUCAAUGCUUGCAGUUUUGAAAUCUGGAGCCGCUUUUGUUCCUCUUGAUGCAAAUCAUCCUGAAGGUCAUCUGAGAUCUAUUAUGCAACCCUUGAAUGCAGAUAUCGUUUUAUGUGAAGCGUCAACACGUGACCGAGCCUCCCGACUUGCCCGUUCCACGUUGAUAGUGGAUGAUGAAAUGUUCUUGUUGGCUGAGCGCAAAACAUUUGACUCGACUAUUCUCCCAACAGGAAUCCGAUAUCAUGCUUGGAAGGAUAUUAAACCGGAUUCCCUGGCGUAUGCCGUAUUCACUUCUGGCAGUACUGGAGCCGCCAAGGGAGUCAAAAUCACUCAUCAGAACCUUGCUACAGCCAUCCACUACCAAGCUGGUGCUGGAGCGUAUGGUAUUCAUAGGCAAAGCAGGACGUUGGACAGCUCAUCUUAUUCAUUCGAUGCAUGUAUCUGCAAUUUUUUCUAUACGAUAACCCAAGGAGGUUGCUUGUGCAUACCUAGUGAUGAUGCUUUACGUGGAGAUAUCGGAGCAUUUAUGCAGCAAUACAAGGUAAACUGGGCACAACUGGUGCCAUCAGUCGCUCGCACGCUUGAUUCGAAAAGAUUUACCCACUUGGAAACUCUUGUUCUUACAGGAGAGCCAUUGACGAAAGGCGAUAUCGAGAUGUGGUGUGACAAAGUCCGUUUGAUUAACGCAUACGGUCCGACGGAAUGCACCAUCUUGUGUUCUGUUUCGUCCCCAAUAACCGGAAGCUCUCAGCUUGGACAUAUCGGCUGGGGAAGAGGAGCGAAUUUAUGGUUAACAGAAAUCGGCAAUCCCAAUAGACUGGCACCAAUUGGUGCUGUUGGAGAGAUCUUGAUCGAGGGACCGAUUGUUGGAUCUGGGUAUCUUGGUCCAUAUGACUUCCCUAUUGUGGAAGAUCCGCCAUGGCUUGUUGCUGGAUUGAAAGGAUCCUAUGGACGGUCAGGCAAGCUUUACCGCACAGGUGACCAAGCCAAAUAUACGGAUGACAUGCAUUUGAUUUUCAUGGGUCGAAUUGGGGCAGAAAUUAAGCUACGAGGUCAAAGAGUUGAUAUAUCUGCAAUUGAGGAUGCUGUUCGGCGCCGCAUUCCGAGAAAUUGGGAAAUUGCUGCUGAGAUUGUACAUCUGCAGUUGGAUCACGGAGCAAAGGACUACGACAAGCAAACGUUGCUUAUCUAUGUCUCUGACAAUUUAUUGCAAUCGUCUUCAUCUUCAGACUGUCUGGAGGUUUUGAGGAACGCACUUCAAUCCAUCAUUCCGGAUCUCAAAGCUUAUCUUGAUUCCACAAUGCCCUCAUAUCUACAGCCAGAAGCUUUGUUUCCAAUUUCGGCCAUACCCAAGACUAGUUCCGGCAAGACUGAUCGCCGCCGUUUGAAAGUUAUGGGCACUCAACUAAAUUUACGAGAUCUCAUUUGGGUCGCGGGAAAUAUGAUGGUAACAACUUCAACCCCGUUGACCACACCGACAGAAAAAACACUCGCGGCUUUAUGGUCUGAGCUUCUGGGAGUCAAGUACGAAUUGAUAUGCAAAGAAGACGACUUCUUUAAAUUAGGAGCCGAUUCACUAUCAGUCAUGAGGUUGACAACAAAGGCUCAUGAGAAGGGAUUCGAGCUGAAGCCUGCUGAUGUGUUCUCAUGUUCUAACUUAGAACUACUGGCAGAAAAGAUGGUACGAAUUUCUACAAUAUCCAGUAAUACUCAGGCAUACGAGCCUUAUAGCCUUCUGCGCGGGGUCUGGGAUAGUUAUGACUCUGCUAGCGAACUCAUCGCAUCGACACUGCAUAUUGUGUCGGACGAAGUGGAAGAUAUUCUCCCUGCGAAUGGAUUUCAAGUCGAUUACAUUUUGAACAAGGAAGAGCCACUGGGGCUUCAGUAUGCCUAUAUCGAUAUCGCGCCUGAAGUAUCAUGGCCUGGAUUGAUCGACGCAUUUCGUACUGUGAUACAUGAGUUUCAGUGUCUUCGUGCACGGUUCUACUGCCAGGAUGGUCGCUACUAUCAGAUUAUCCUUAAAGAAGCUCCAUUGGUUGUGGAAGAAGUCCAAUUAACAGGCCAAAUGACGACCUUUUUCAACCAGUACUGUGCAGAUGAUUGUCGCCUAGCAAAACUUACGGAUGUUUUCAGCAAAAUUAUCUUGGUAUCUGACGGUAACCGGCGACGUGUAGUAUUACGUCUUUCUCAUAUGCAAAAUGAUGGAUGGUGCACCAUACGAAUCUUCGAGAACCUAGCAAAUGUUUUCAAUGGAUUGGAAGUUGAAAACACGGUGAAGUGGACAGAUCUACUAAAUUACCGCCGAUCAAUCGCGGCGGAAUCUCGUGAAUACUGGAGUGAUGUUUUACGUGACACUACCAGGUUGACCCCAACACUUGUCUACAAGCCGAAGGAAGGAAAAAUUCGGACUCUUCGAACUUAUGCUCUGCCAUACUUUCACAUUUCCACUGAGAACCGCCGCACACGGCCGACUGUGGUGGUAAAUGUGGCUUGGGCACUUGUCCUUCAAAAGCUCGCAGGAUAUGAUGAUGUGGUAUUUGGGAACGUCACAACGGGACGCAAUGGCUCUCUACCGGGUCUUGAUACCGUGAUUGGCCCAUGUGUAAACAUGUUGCCCAUGAGACUUCGAUUACGAAAUGAGUUCGGCCUUACUCGUCGUGAAUACUUGCGAAAAUUGAUUGAGGCUUCUGCUCAGCAAGUAGACGAACGUACUUUGUAUGAAGGACUCGAUUGGGAAGAGACUGUCAAUAAAUGUACCAAGUGGCCCUCCGGCUCGCGGUACACUUCUGCCGUGCAUUUCCGUAACAUGGCGUUUGAACCUGAGCUCUUACUUGGAAAGAAUAAGGUAAAUUUUGCUUGGUAUGAAUUAGUAGCGGUACCGCACUGGACUACGAUCUUGGUUUAUCCUGAGGAGGACGUUUUGAGAUUAUGGUUGUUGGCCAACCCGGCAGAGAUUGGUGACGAUGGUGCUGAUGAGAUACUGAACAUGCUCGCCGAAUACUGCGACGAGAUCAUGGAUUCUUUACGGGAACAUUAG